CUGGUCCUCCGGCUCUGCUCGUCUCUUUUCUGUUGGUCGCGAAACAUCGUUAGAACUGAGAACGAGCAUAUUUCAAUUUUUUUGUGUCAAUUUCUUUAUAUUAUCGGUUUCAAUCGCUCCCUGGGCUGUGGAUGUAGCCAUUUUUCGGAGAACUUCAAAGGAUAUUGGUUCGCUAGCAAUUUUGCUUAGGUUUUUUUUGUUCAAUUUUGGACUUCGGUUGAACGAGCUUUAAAGUUCGACUGAUCAGAUUCAAUGGCCUCUAAUCAUGGAUUAAACGAAGAAGCAUCUGAUAACCCAUCAUCGCCUACGAAUGUAUACAAGGAUCCAGAUGACGGGCGGCAGCGGUUCUUGCUCGAAUUGGAAUUUGUUCAAUGUCUCGCCAAUCCAACCUACAUUCACUAUCUGGCUCAGAAUCGUUACUUUGAGGAUGAAGCUUUCAUUGGUUACUUGAAGUACCUUCAAUAUUGGCAACGACCAGAGUAUAUUAAGUUUAUAAUGUAUCCUCAUAGUUUGUUUUUCCUUGAACUUCUACAAAAUGCAAACUUCCGAAAUGCAAUGGCUCAUCCUGCCAACAAGGAAUUGUCACACAGGCAGCAAUUUUACUUUUGGAAGAACUACAGAAACAAUCGUUUGAAACACAUUUUACCGAGACCGCUUCCCGAACCUGCAGCUUUACCACCCCCAGUUUCUGUUCCACCUCAGGCACCUGUGCCCGCUGCAACAGCCCCUGGCAUGGCAGCUUCUCCUGUUGGUGCUCCUGCCCUUUCUCCAAUGCAAUAUGGUAUUCCCCCUGGGUCUGGACUUGCAAAAAAUGACAUGAAGAGUGGUGGAAUUGAUCGACGAAAGAGAAAACAACACGAAAGAAGUAUGACUUAGUUGGUCUCAUAAGGCCCAAUUGGGGUGGAUGCUGGAGCAGCUCCUGAGGUAAACUGCACGUAGUGAGAAAUUAAAGUUCAAAGAUGAUGGCUUUCAUAAACUUUCCAAAAUGUUUCCAUCACUCGGGGUUGUGCGAGAUAUCUUUCAUUGCAAGCUCAUAAACGUGAGAGACAUGAAGCUCGACAUUUACGGGUUAGUAAUACGUUCAUGGAAGAAGCUCUGCAUGCCAUUAAUAUCAAAUAUUCCCAAAGAAUCCUUAAAAAAGUUGCUCUAUCUGUAUGUUUGGUGUCGUUAUGGCCACCUAUAAUCUGUGGUAAGCAGUUCCUAACUUUCUUUUUGUUUCCAUGACUUGACCAUUUCUGGAGCAGCAUGAAAUGCUAUUGAUAUACUUAAAUGAGCCCUCUCUCACGGAAAAAUCUAAUGCUGGUUUAGUA